GAGGCCAUUUGCAUAGUACCAACUGUUCGAGUUUCACGCCGUAUCCUUCCGGGCCGUCAGUGUCCCCGUCAUGGCCGCGCUCAGCCAGGACCCGAACUUCCAGAAGCUAGUCCAGUGGCACCGCAAGCACGGCUCCGAGCUCAACCUCCGGCGCCUUUUUGAGGCCGACCAGGACCGCUUCAACCGCUUCAGCCUGAAUCUCGACACCAAAAAUGGACACAUCCUUGUGGAUUAUUCCAAGAACCUCAUCACAGAAGAUGUGAUGAAGAUGCUUAUUGAGCUGGCUAAGUCUCGAGGGGUGGAAGAUGCUCGGGAACAAAUGUUCAAGGGGAAAAAGAUCAAUUUCACUGAGGACCGGGCUGUGCUCCAUGUGGCACUUCGGAAUCGCUCCAACACACCCAUGCUAGUGGAUGGCAAGGACGUGGUGCCAGAGGUGAACAAAGUGCUGGAGAAAAUGAAGGCAUUCUGCCAGCGUGUCCGUGGUGGAGACUGGAAAGGCUACACUGGGAAGACGAUUACAGAUGUGAUCAACGUUGGCAUUGGAGGUUCUGACUUGGGUCCUCUGAUGGUGACAGAAGCCCUGAAGCCCUACUCCAAAGAAGGUCCUCGUGUUUGGUUUGUCUCCAAUAUUGAUGGUACCCAUAUUGCCAAGACCCUUGCUGAACUCAACCCGGAAACUUCCCUCUUCAUCAUUGCCUCAAAGACAUUUACCACCCAGGAGACCAUCACCAAUGCAGAGACAGCCAAGGAGUGGUUCCUUCAGGCAGCAAAGGAUCCUUCAGCUGUGGCAAAGCACUUUGUGGCCCUGUCUACCAAUGCACCUAAAGUUCAAGAGUUUGGAAUCGACACUCAAAAUAUGUUUGAAUUCUGGGAUUGGGUUGGUGGACGUUACUCGUUGUGGUCAGCUAUUGGCCUUUCCAUCGCCCUGCAUGUUGGUUUUGAUAACUUUGAACAGCUGUUAUCAGGGGCUCACUGGAUGGACAAUCACUUCCUCACCACCCCACUGGAGAAGAAUGCCCCUGUGCUGCUUGCCAUGCUAGGCAUCUGGUACAUUAACUGUUUUGGAUGUGAGACCCAGGCCCUGCUGCCCUAUGACCAAUAUAUGCACCGCUUUGCUGCCUACUUCCAGCAGGGUGACAUGGAGUCUAAUGGGAAGUACAUCACCAAGUCAGGAGCCCGGGUUGACUACAGUACAGGCCCCAUUGUGUGGGGAGAGCCAGGGACCAAUGGACAACAUGCUUUCUACCAGCUUAUUCACCAGGGUACCCGGAUGAUUCCUUGUGACUUUCUCAUCCCCGUGCAGACACAGAAUCCAAUCCGGAAUGGUCUUCAUCACAAGAUUCUAUUAGCCAACUUUCUAGCUCAGACUGAGGCCCUGAUGAAAGGGAAGACAGCAGAGGAGGCACACAAGGAACUGGAGGCUGCGGGCAAGAGCGGUGAUGCCCUGAAGAAGCUGCUGCCUCAUAAGGUCUUUGAGGGAAAUCGUCCUACUAAUUCCAUUGUCUUCACAAAGCUCACUCCUUUCAUUCUUGGAGCCUUGAUUGCCAUGUAUGAGCAUAAGAUCUUUGUUCAGGGUGUUGUCUGGGAUGUCAACAGUUAUGAUCAGUGGGGAGUGGAACUGGGAAAGCAGCUGGCCAAGAAAAUUGAGCCUGAGCUGGACUCUGAUAAACCUGUGACCUCUCAUGAUGCCUCCACCAAUGGGCUGAUCAGCUUUAUCAAGCAGCACCGGGCCUAAGUCAUGAAGCAGAUGCCUGUUCCCCCAGUGACCCAGUCUCUUGUAUUGUGAUCUCAUCUGUGUUGUAGUGACCACGUGGUUUAUUCCUGCCCUGUCACAAAGAGAUCCACUUGUCUUCCCUUAAGGCAGGCUACUUUCUCCUCGUCAGGAAAACAAGUCCCAUCUCAUGAGACCAGUUCAAUUAGUGGGUUUUUAAUUUUUUGGUCCUCAGUGUCACAUGCUAACUCACACCAUCUUUCCUUUGCACUGAUACAAGUGUUCAGCCUUUCCACAAUUUUCAGAGCCAAUCUGAAAAAUAAAAAUGGCUAGCAAGGUU